AUGAAUCCAAAGUGUUUCUCCCUCUUCAUGACCUCAUAUUCCCCAAAGCGUACCGCAACUCAUUCCCAAAACAGUUUCAUAAUAUUCAGAAAAGACUAUCAGGUUCGUAUAACCGUUGAGCAGGGGCCGGAAAUCGGUUUGCAUCUCAAAGACAUUUCUCGUAGCGCGAGUCUCUUUUGGAGGAGUUGCUCUCCUGAGGAUAAAUACAUGUACGAUCGGAUUUGCAGCAGAAUGUUCGAAAGGUAUUCAUUCGGCCACUUUCUUUAUGUCAAUCUCCCGGGACCAACGAAGAAAUGUGUCUCCCUAUGA